UUUGAAAAUGAAACCCACUCUUGUCUCACACCUUUUAUAAAACCCUUACAUUACAUUAUCAUUCUGUCUUCGGCACCUCUAGUGUUGCAACUUGCCAGCAGUAUCUAAACCAACAUCCUGUCUCUACUUUGAAGCUGCUGGUGAGCAUCAGUUUAUAAAUACCAACCCCUCAAUGGUGGUGCUCUGUAGAUACACUGUCCCAGAAGUCAGUUUGAACAUAAUUAAGUAACAUGAUUUGGAAGUCACUCAUUUAAGCCUUAACUGUGUGUGCAAACAGUAUCUACAAUGUACACUAUCUCUUAAUGGCCUCAUUUUCCUUAAAAGUGUGUGUGUGUGUGUGUGUGUGUGUGUGUGUGUGUGUGUGUGUGAGUGUUUUAAAUCACAUGUUCAACCCCGAAGCGCCACAUCCUGAUUCAAACAGAGCAGCGGUGCGACAUCCUGCCCACGUACAGAGUGCAGGUGCGGUGGUUUCAUUGCUGCUGCUGCUGCUGCUACGCGUCACUGUCCUGCUCACAAAGCGCAGCUCUGAUAUCCAACUUGACCUGACCCGGUGUAAUCCCCCAAAGUCAUUUUUGCUUUGCUCGACAAGGACUCGAGGCCGAUCACUUCAUCUCCGUCCGUCGUCUCGCAGCGCUCAUCCGCUCGCGCGACAGCAGCAGCCGCCACAGCCACAGCGCGCUGUCCAAAAAACAUUAGGAUACGUUAAUGUUGCGGUGAGGAAAGCAUUGUGGGAGGACUCUGUGCAUGACAAGCUGCUCAGUGGAAGGUAGAGAGGCGAAUAAAAUCGCGAGGAGAAGCUCACGCACGACUCCAGCUCCACGGAAUCCCGACUUGUUUACCCUGUACCGGGCACAGAGGAGCACCGUUGCGCAGUCUUUACGCACAACCAAAGAGCGGACUUGGGGGGGCGUUUGUCUGUCACCACCAUGUCAGCCGCAACAGCUUCAAUAGCAGAUGUGUCCAGGACUGAUUUUACUAACCAAGAUGAUCGGAAUAAGUCAGCUCAGAACCAGGCUCAGUGCACACCUGUGCCCCUGCCAGCACUGGGCACCCAGAGGAUCAUCCAGGGCAACGGCACAACUGUUGGGACAGUCAUUUCCCUGCAGUGCCCAGCCAAACACAAACUGGUUGGACGUGAGCUGAUCUGCGUCAUGGACACCAACAGCACCCACUGGGUGGGGGAGACCUACUGUAAACCUCUGUCUCCUAUUGAGGACUAUGGUUUCCGUGUGGCUGUGCUGGCGUCCAUUGUAAGCUCGGCCAUAAUCUUCUUCAUGUCCGUGGCCUUCAUCACCUGCUGUUUGCUUGACUGCAUCAAGGAGGACAAAAGGAAAAGGCAUGAAAGGGAGUCUGAAAUGUGGCAGUGGGAGGAGCAGGCCCAACAUCAGGAGGACAACAGGUCUCGCUACGGCCAUAAAGGCAGGAACAACAACAACAACAACAGCCAGGACAAGGUGCUCUCACUGUGGGACACCGGUAACCCAGCUGUGUGUGACAGCAUGCGAGCCUGCAGAUGUCAUCAGCAGUAUGCUUAUGGUCCUGCCUGCACAUAUGGCCCCACUCCCCCACUCUCCACUCUCCCUGGCUACGACUACAGCCAGCCUCUCUUACCCCGAAACCCAGAUUCUGCACAGCUCCCCGGUACACCUGAAUACAUCGGACCUCCUCAGUCACACUGUCAAACUGCAAGCCCAGGCCUGGUCCAGCUCUCAGCGGCGGGGCCUGGUGUGGCGAGGCAGUACGGAAGACAGCAGAGCACUUUCUGUGGAGCGAAGCCAUCGACCACAGACGAGUCCAACACGAGGAAUAUAAACGCUGCCAAAGAAUUUUCCAUUCGGAUUAUAUCAGUGUGAGGACACAUUACACAGGAGGUGAACGCCAUCAGUCAAGAACUUGUUUACUGACCAAAUAUGUUGGUGUGUGCGACGAGGACUACGAGAAGUAGUAACUGAACAUUCCUGAUCUUGUUGAAAUUAUAAUGCAGUUCUGCACAGUAUGAAGGCUCUGUAGGCAUACUGAUGAGACAGACUUAUGUGCCUUCUGUAAACUGCAAUGGCAUACUGCCCUCUGUCUGAAAAGGGGAGCUAUUGCACUUUCAGGACACCAGCCUUGACAGAUGACACUCCCUGUAUGUAGAACUCGGGACUUUCAUGCCCUCGAUUGAGCUUUUCAGAAAUAUUGUUUUGUAAGAAUUAAAGGUACAGUAGGUGACUUAUAGGAAAAUAACUUUUUGUCAUAUUUUCUGAAACUGUCAUGUCCCGACAGUCGUACAUGAGACAGACAAUCUGUGGAAACAUCAGUCCUGCUAAUGGCAUUUGCAAGAGUCCACCACCCUGAACCAAAACAACCAAUCAGAGCCAGGAGGAGUCUCUGGCACUCCCUGUUCACCCCCCCUCUCCUGCACAUACUCUCACUCCUUCAAACUCUUCAGUGCACAGCUUCACUUUUAGAUUCGGUUUUUAAAUCCUUUGGGCUCCUGCAGCUCUCUCCAGCUUGAAAAAGUCCACAGAUGUUUACUGUGAAACAUCUGUUUUAUCUCCGACUCGAUUUAAGUCCGAAUCCCACACUUCUUCUUUUUACUUUUUACUGCAGCUGCCCUUAAAGAGUACAUACUGUUCCAUGCAGUAUGCACACAGCUGGGACAUACUACUCUUUCAUAAGCUAACAUUACACCCUGAACACCCUCUUUCUCAUAGAUCUGUUACCAUGGUGAUGAAACGGAACGCCUUGCCAGAGAUGGAGGUCAAGCCGGGGUGCUCUGCUGCUGUUACUUUGCGAUGUAUGUAGCUCUAACUUUUAAGAUAUGACUGCAUACAUUGUAGAUUCUCACAUAUUAUAAUCACAACAGUAAAAUUACGCAUUUCUCUGUCGUAAUUUUCAUAGUUAUGUCCUUUUGUUGUUGGUAAAUUAAUCUCUAGGAUUAUUUUGUUCACUUAAACAAUUAAUAGUCCUAUAAUUACUAUUCGACUGAUCAUCAGUUACUUGAAUGUCUUUCAUCACUGCGGCUUCUGACAGCUGUCAAUCGCAACAUGUGACCAGUUGUAGUAUGAUGUCCUGGUAUUUUUGGCAUACUGCAUUUGACAUACUAUGUAUUGGGACAUACUAAAUCUUUUUCUGGCAUACUAUAUAGUAUGGUAGUAUGGCUACUGGAAUGCAGUUUCUUUUCUGCUUGCUUUUCGUCAUCGAUUUUCUUCUGUUUCCUUGUCUUCGCCAAGUACGCUAUUGUUGGCAGCGCAGCGUGUUCUCAAGCAAUGACUGACGCUGCAAAAGAGACUCCUCCUGGCUCUCUGAUUGGUUGUUUCAUUCAGGCCAGGUGGAUUCUUGUAAAUGUCAUUAGGAGCACUGGGAGGAGCCAAAGGGAACAUAUUUUAUUUUAUUUUACAAAUUAUUAUUUAAAAGUUUUUUGUUUUGUUUUUUUACAAAAUUUUUUUUAAAAGUUAUUCUCUCUAAAAGUCACAUACUGUAGCUUUAAGCUGUUUAUUGGGACAUAGUUCACAACACAUUGUAGGCAGCUGAGGCAGUUGUCUGAGACUCACAUUAGGGCUGGAAAGUCCACAUUGUUAGAUGAUGGAAAGCACCAGCCAGUAUGUAAAUAUCAGUUUUUAAAGAAUGUAAAUAAAUUAAAGACUCCCACUGAUAAGGAGUGAGACUGUGUAUUGCAAUGGAACAAGUGCAGCUGUGUACAUUUCUCCAAGAAGGACCAAUGCAAAUGUUUACAAGCCAACAUGAUAAGGCAGCAGCAGUGUGUGAUGAUGUAGCUUACACACAGAGAAACUUUAAACAUGGUGAAGAAUGUAUUUUUGACAAGAGAAUGGCAACUAAGUAGCCUAUUAUCAUUAAUAUUAUUAUUAUUAUUGAUAUUAUAUGAGUAUAAAUGGAUGAAGGGAAUAAAAUAAAGUGAUGA